AUGAGUCAACCAGAGAACGAGAAACAGUCUCAGUCUCGAUCUCGUCCUGCUUCCCGCGCUUCCAACCCCGACGUCGAGUCCAAACCAAACCAGUCCCGACCCACUUCCCAGGCGUCCAACCGAUCUCACUCGCAGGCCGAACCAACCCAGCAGGACGAACCGAGAACCCAGAACGAAGACCAGUCUCGUUCUGCUUCUCAGGACGAACCGAAGCAACAAACCAAGUCCCGUCCUGCUUCCCAGGCAUCUAACAAACCCCCUUCUCGACCCGCCUCUCAGGCAUCCCACGGCUCCAAGCCGCCUUCCAAAGCCGCCUCUCGUACCUCUUCUCCUUCCGUGUCACGAGACUCUCGUCCUCCGCGUACUCCCCGAGGUCGAAGCCGUACCCCUCGAAGCCUUUCUUCUGCUUCGGGCGGCUCGGACGAAGAAAACCGCGCUCCCACACCGACAGCUGAUAAUCCAGAGCCCGAGCUUCCUGACGUUGACGAAGAAGAUGGUGAAGGCGAUAACGCUGUCUACAACAACGCUAAAGGUAACAAGCAGACUCGGGAACCAGAGUCGUUCGACGACGACGGUAACGGUGACAAAGACGACAAAGACGGCAAAGGUGAAAAGGAGAAGAAAAAGCGUCGUCGUCGUGGAAAGAAAGGCACUAAAGGGUUCGGCGUCGAUAAAUGGCCUCAUGGGGAUAAACCAGGUCGAUUGGAGCCUCCGCAUGGUGUCAACGACUGGCCCCACGAAGACGAAGAAGGCGAGGGCGUUGGGACCUCCGGUCGGGUCCUCCAACGACCCAAGGGUGUGAGGGAUUUCAGCCCUGCAUAUGCUGCUUCUGAUGCUGGGAGCAACGUCAGCACCGCUAGUUCCGUCUCCGGACUUUCCCUCGGCGACUGGUCUCGUUCCUCUUCUUCCUUGGCCGGUGUCGAUACCUGGCCUUACGGUGAUAACCCCGGUAUCAUGGUCAAGCCUCUAGACCAUUGGGGAAAACCCAUAACGAACCCUGAUGGGACUUUGGUGCAGAAGGAAAAUUGGACGGGGCUGCCUUCGUAUGAUGAGUUGAGGGGUAUGGAUCUGGAUACACACGAUGAUCAUGUUAUUAAGCUCAAAUUGGAAUUGGACCUUGAUGUGGCGGUAGAGAUUAAUGCGAGGAUCCAUGGAGAUUUGACGUUGGCGUUAUUGUGA